ACACGCACGUACUCACGCACGUACACACACACACACACUCCCGCGAGCCAUGUUUGUUUACGUUCUCUGCUCUGCCGAGAGAAGAAGACGUUCUCACUGAUACACUCCUUUCUUCUUCAUGACCCAUUUUCAUGCAGGUAAUCUGUGUGGUGCAGCUGUGCAGAGCUGUGUGCCUGUGAGAGCAGCCGAGGCAGUGGUGAAGGAUGGUUAGGCCUGACCUGUAGUGUGAGCCAAGGAUGAGUGCUGUGCUGCUCUCUGCCACCUUGGGAUCAUUGGGUUCAGCCACCAGCAUGACACCACAGUGUUGGCAGACGGGACAUGGACGAAGCUUAUUAUUGAGAAAGAAAAAGAAAUUUGAAUGGUGUCCUUCACUCCUGGCAACCACUAGCUCUGCGUCUCCCCCAAGAUUGCUGCAUUAUCACCCCAGCCUACGCCUAGCUGAUAUCCACAACCCUAGAAAGUGUUUAGGAAGGGCAUAGACUAACCUGCUUGGUAAAUGUAUUGAUAUUCACCUCUUUGUUAGUGCAGUGCAUUGUGCCAGCCAGGCAUAGAUAUUCGCCACCACCAAGCUUACUGUGUAUGUGUCUGUGUAUUUGUGAAUACUUGUCUGUGCGCCUAUAGUGAUAUAAGUGUUUUUGUCCCUGAAAGUGAAGAGGGAGUUUCCAGUGUAGAAAUGGACAGGGUCAAGAAGAUGCCAUUCCAGGAAACUAAUGAACAAGCCCAAGCUUCCUCCACUUCCUCCUCUUCUCCUCCAGCUUCUUUCAGGCAGAAGGGGAGGAGAAAAAAGAGAGACAAUCCUAAGGACCCUCAGAGAACCACACACAAGCUGCGCAGUCCCAAGUCAGACUCUUCUGAAGGGGACUCCACUACCACUACCACCACUGCCAACAAUUCUGUGGACAGUGAAACCCCAGGCUCCCCUGGCAUCCCAGCCAGUGGCAGGGAGGAGGAAAGAGCAAUGUCAUCCAGUCCAACCCCAGGCGUGCCCCAGAGGCUGCACUGCUCCUAUUGCAAUGUCUACUUCAGCACCAAAGCAGACCUCCAGACCCACUGCCGCAGCCAAGACCACCAGACCACAAUCAUGUCAGAUGAGGGCCGGGACUGGUCUCACCGGCCCCCGCCCAGAGGCCUUGGCGCGGAGGACUAUACCCUGUGCCCUACCUACCGCGCCGCCUACACCUGCCGCAUGGGGGACCAGUGUGUGGAGGCACACAGCGAGGCAGAGCUGGCUGAGUGGCAGGAGCGCUUUGAGUACCGUGCCAUGAAGCUGGAGCGAGCGCGGGAGAAACAACUCCAUGGUGCCUCCUACGCCGACCUCCUGCUGGAGCGCCUCUCCCUUACCCAGCAGCAGGAUGCCCUCAUCACUGAGAAGACGGACAGGAUCAUCAGCCAUCUGAGUCCUGAGCCCAACUUGCGGGUGUCCCAGAAGCCGAGCAGCCACGAGUGGGUCAUCACUCUGCAGCCACCAGCACCGCUGCGGGUGGUGUCUCUCCUGCAUGACGCACACCGCAACCAUUUCACCAUUGCAGAGGUGACCUACCUGGAUGCCCACCGCCACUUGCACUGGUCCUGUGUGCCGGAGAACCCCCAGGAGUGGAGCAGCACUGAGCAGGAUCACCAGGCCACCCCGGACGUCAAGUACAAAGUCACCAUCAGCUUCCGCACAGCCAUCUAUGGCACUUUCCGGCAGGCCGUUGUGUUCGACUAUGGCAGUGAGCCUGUUGCCAUGCAGCGGCUGUGUGUGGAUGUGGUGCCAGUGGAGGACCUGGGGGCACUGGAGGAGACCAAGCGCACCAUCCUCACCCGCAGCGAACGUUGGUGUGAGGAAAAUGUGGACAUCGUGCCCUUUGACAGCAAGCCACAUGAGCUGAGUCCAGAUGACCGGGGCAUCCUGGCUGCCUAUCCUCCCCCAACCAAUGAGAACUUUGUCUUCACCCAGACCUCCAUGGAGCGUUUCCCCACCAAGACCAAUUACAGAAGCAGGAUGCACGACUUGCUCAACAUUGAGGAGCUGGCGCAGUUUGACUUAGUUUCACGUUUCAACAUCAAGACAACACUUCAAAUCACCAGUGGCUACAUGCUCCUGCCUUCCACUGUCUCCACUGCUAAAUACUCAAGGCCCGGCGAGCUCUUCGGCAAGCUGGAGCUUUCCUCAGAGAUAUCAGAGGACUCUCACCAUGGUCGCUUGGUUUUAUCAAACUGCAACUCCAUGCUGGUGGCCUCAACUAACACACCAUCAUCUGAUUCAGAGAGAGGUCCAGGUGGGGAGUCUUCAAAGCCUCGAAGAUGCAUCUAUGAGGUUCUCAUUGAGGACAAAACCAAGAAAGAGAUCUACCUUAGGUUCUCGGAGCAGUCUGUGGCUGCCCUCAACCUCACAGAGGACGAGGAGGCCACCGUGGAGGUGCAGUUCCAGCUGAACCGCUUGCCGCUCUGUGAGAUGCAUGCUGCCCUGGACCGCCUGCCUUCCCUCGACAUGAUCUUCCCGGAUGUGACAAUGGAACCAACCAUUCCUUGGAGUCCCAUCAAGCAAUGGGGAGAGACGCUGGAUGCAAAGCUGAAUCCCAAACAGAAGGAGGCUUUGGUUGCCAUCACAGCUCCUUAUGGCCUCAUCUUGCCUCCAAUACUCAUCAUUGGACCAUAUGGGACAGGCAAGACUCACACUCUGGCACAAGGCAUCAAGCAGAUCCUUCGACAGCCUGAGACUCGUAUCCUCAUCUGCACUCACUCCAACAGUGCUGCUGACCUGUACAUCAAGGACUACCUCCACCCAUAUGUCAAGGCAGGACAUGAGGAGGCCCGCCCUCUCAGGAUAUACUACCGCAACCGUUGGGUGACCACAGUGCAUCCAGACGUGCAAGAGUACUGCCUGAUAGAAACUGAUGUCAAUGUGAGGCGAUUUGUAACUCCAACUGAAGAACAGAUUUUAGCUCACCGGGUCAUCGUGGCAACGCUCAACACAUCCCGCAUCAUUGCCUCCCUCAAGCUGGAGAAAGGAGUGUUCACCCAUAUCCUUAUAGAUGAAGCAGCACAGGCCAUGGAGUGUGAGACCUUGAUGCCGCUGGCCCUGGCCAAGCCUGACACCCGUCUGGUGCUGGCAGGGGACUACAUGCAGCUCAGUCCAGAGGUUUUCUCCCCAUUCUGUGAAGAGCGAGGCCUCGGCACCUCCCUGCUGGAGCGCCUCUAUGACCUGUACCCUGCUGACUCUCCCUGCAAAAUCAUGUUGGUGGAAAACUACCGCUCACACUCUGCCAUCAUCAAGUACACAUCGGAUCUGUUCUACGAGGGCCGUCUGGUGGCCAGCGGCAAGCAGAUGGCCCACCCCAAGUUCUAUCCCCUCACCUUCUUCACAGCAAGGGGGGAAGACUUCCAGGAUCCAAGUUCAACAGCUUUUCACAAUAAUUCUGAGGUGUAUGAGGUUUGUGAACAGGUGGGUGAGAUCAUCAAUUACUGGCCCAAGUCAGAGUGGGGCCCAGUGGGGGAGAACUCCAUUGGUGUGGUGACACCUUAUGCUGACCAGAUGGUGCGGAUCAGGGCUGAGCUGAGGAAGCGGAAGCUGUACAAGAUCAGUGUGGAGAGAGUCCUCAAUGUCCAGGGCAAGCAGUUUCGUGUGAUCAUUCUCUCCACGGUGCGCACUCGCCACACCUGCAAGACUGGGGAUGAGGGGCUGGACUUUGGCUUUCUGUCCAAUGCUAAGCUGCUCACCACCGCCAUCACACGGGCACAGAGUCUGGUGGCAGUGGUGGGGGAUCCUGUCUCCCUCUGUUCUGUUGGGAAGUGCCGAAAACUGUGGGAGCGGUUCCUGCAACUGUGUUCUGAGGCAGGCUCCCUGUAUGGCAUCACCUGGUCAGCACUGCGGGCACAGCUGGAUGGUGUGGAGCUCAAGAAAACCUAUGGGCUCAACCCCUUGGCACCUGAGUUUGUCCCCAGAUACUUCUACUACCCUUCCUUGCCACCCUUGUCCAUAGUACCUGCCGUGCCUCCCUACAUCAAUAUCUUGCCCCCAUACAGUCCCUACAUUCCUGCCAACUACCCAGUGCACCCCAUGGUGGGUCCUCAGGCUCUGCCUUAUGUUCCUCAUGGGUCCCCAUUAGCCCCACAUUGGUCACCCACGCCCUAUGGACCACUACCCAAGCAUCAGAUUGUACGGCCUGCCCCAGCCCGGCUAGGCCAGCCCCUCAUUGCUGCAUCCCAUCCCCUGCGUCAGGUUGUUGCAACAACAGCACCUCCAGGACCUUUCCUUGAGGCUUCAGGGUAUGGAUACUCUCUGCCCCACGGAGUAAUGCCCAUGUACCCCUACCAGUCUGGUGGGGGCCCCCAGCACCGCCUGCCUGUGGUGCGACGGCCAACAGAUCUAGACUCUGUUGGUCGUAAUCUGUUCAUGACGGCCCUACCUGCACACUAUCAUCACCUCAAGCAGGCUGGGCCGCCCUCUAACCUGCUGGGCCCUCAGUCUAAUUUGCGGGGACCACGCUUCCCAAAUGCCCUGCAGCUGCCGCCUGCCCAGCGACAGAUGCGGUUGCCCACACAUACUGAGGGGGAGAAGACCUUCCAGUUCCUCAACAACGUGCACUUCCCAGAGCGCCAGAUGACCCCCAACCCCUCACCACUCAUCCGUUUGCCUCAGUCCCAUGUUGAGAGCGAGUCACCAAUGUCAACGCAGUCCUGGGAGAGUUCUCAUUCAAGUGGUAAUGAUGGAGGACCAGGUGGGCGAGUCCACGGCCCCCCUGCCCCUCCCUCCCCCGCCACACCCUCACACUUGUCCACCAACCUGCCUGACCCUCAUCCACACCACCUCCACACCUCCCAUCCCCACCUGCAUUCUCACCCACCUCCCCAUCCUCUUCACCAGCCCCAUCCCCAUCCUCAUCCUCACCCCCAUCCCCCUCACCAACCCCAUCUGCAACACCAGCCCCAUCCACUACCCCAACCACAUCCUCAUCCACACCCCCACCCUCAUCCCCAUCCUCAUCACCCUCAAAUGCCACUACACCGUGACCUAGCUCCUACCAUGCUCCCUCCCCACCUCCAGCACCAGCAUCUCCCUGCCCCCCAACAGCCUGUCCCCCAAAGGUCCCAAUCGCAGUCCAAUGGGCGGUUGGGGCGGGAGGAUCAUGCCCCAGACAUUCCUGAUGUGGUGCGUGCCAUUGAUGAGCUCAUAGGCGACCUACCGCCCAGCAAGCCAACGUCCUGGGUUCCAUUUGAGUCCGAUACCCCAGAGAGCAGAGGUGAGGCAAGGGUGAGUAGCCCCCCAAUUGACUCAUGGCUCAAUAGUAUGUCUGUCAGGCCAUCCCCUCGGCUGGCUCCCCCUCCCAUCAGCCCCUGGUCCACAUCCUCCCCCUCCCCUGCGGCUAAGAUUGAUGUCGGCAAAAUGGUGACAGUGCAGGAGCUGGAGGCGUCCCUGCACAGCCGCCAGCAGAACCAUGUCUCUGGUCUCACUCCGCCUGUGCUCUCCCGUGCCCCUGGAGGACCUCUGGGAAAUUCCAGAGAUCUUGAGAGAGUCUUGGGGGUUUCUAGAGAUUCCGAAAGAUUGCCAGGAGAGACAGAUAAUUCUCAAGUGAAGGGACCUGGUACUGGCGUCCCUCCCCCACCUGGAUUUGGUGGGUUUAAUUCCCUAGUAGAUACAGUGUCUCGUUUGGACCUUGCUGACUCUGUCCCAGGAUACCGAACCCCAAGUUUACCUCUUUAUCUGAGACGUGGCAGCAAGGAGACUUCCAGCCGAAAUAUGUCAUCAGUUGGUGAGCCAGCUGAUCGUGCCAUGUGGUCUCUUGGGACUGAGAACCUCCGCAUGUCCACUUCCACUCAUGGAGAGCUUGGUUUGAAGAACAUGGCACACUCCAUAGAUAACCUUGGCCUCACUGGGCCCCUUGGGCUGGAUAGAAGAGACAGCAAGACAUAUGCUGGUGUGCUGCGCUCCUCCCUCCAGACGCCUGCCGCUGGUGUAGAGGUCAGCAAAUGUGAGGAGUCUGUGUUUUCCCAAAAAGAAUUGGGUAACAAGAAGGUACAUCCUGGGAACAGCCCUCUGUAUCAGUACUUCCCUUAAUGAAGAUUCCUUAUACUAUACCGGAAACUCACAAUUGUGGUUCCAUUUCAAGUUUAUAUGCAUUUUUCUUUAUCAGUUAGGGAUAAAAAUGUGUGUUAAUCCAAGUCACGUAUCUUGAAGUAAUCAUGUAGGAGGCACCAGGACCUGCAAGGCUUGCCAUUUUGUUUCCUCUGAGUUGUCACCAAGAAACUAUUUGUAUUGAAUUUGAUGCAGGUUGAAGAAGCAUUUCCUUGGUCUGUUUUGAACCAUAAUUUGUGGGAGUACUGAUAUAGUAAACAUUAUAUAUGUAUAGUUCCAAAACAAUUUUCCUCAUGUUGUAAGCAUUUGCUAUAUCUAAAAUGCAUGCCAAUCUAGUUUAUAGUGGAAGUAGCCUUGUCCAUACAGAAAGUCAACAUUUUGUCUAUAGCGAGGUAAUUAGGCUGGAUUUUAUUAUAUAACAAAAAGUAAAAAAAAAAGUUACACAAAUUAAGAAAACAUUUCUGUAAGUUUAGGUGAAAUGAUAACAGUGUGUCCAAGUACCAUUGUGUUGUCUGUGGCUUGUCAUCUUUGCCACAGUCUGUCAGUGAGUGCUUGAAUGUGUGUCUGAGUGUGUGUCCAUUACCAUCUCCAUGUCUCUCGUGAUGUUGAGUGAACAUGGUGGUGAAACAUCUUGGUAUGUUGCAGUUUUAGUACAGUGCUAAACAGCUGCACUGACACCCAACUGUUGUACCUGAACACUCCCCUCCUCUUUAGCCAAUUGGGCCUUUUUAUAUUAUUUUUAUUCCUACUUUUUCCCCAUCUCCAUCAAGGAGCAUUUCAAACAGCUGUAGUCAGUGUCAUUCAGUUGAAUAUGAAACAAACACUGACCACUGCUAAACUUGUGGCUGUGUUUUGUUUUCUCAUCUGGAUCAUCUUUCCAAAAAGGAAAAAGGAAGCUAUUUGUUGUAAAGCUCUCAGUUGACAAGAUUUAGGAAGCAUUCAUUGCUCUUGAUCUGCUCCUGAGUGACAGACUGAUAGUCAAACAAAGUCCACAGCUUCUAGUGAUGAUGAAAACUUUUUAUUUUACAUAUACCAUUUUUUUUUCUUUAUGCCUGAAUGAUUCUUGUCCAAGCAUGAAGUGAAUGUUUGUGACUAGAUACACAUUUAAGUGGUUAUAUUCCUACAAAAAGCAAAUGAAAAUGCCAAGUGUGGACUCAGUGUUUGUAGAUGUAGUGCUGGGAACCAUCCAGUCUGUGCUCGUAACAAAGUGUGAACUUUAUGUUUACAUUUUUUGGGGUGAAAUUAAGCCACAUUAUUUGAAUAACUCUCGUACUACUUUUAAUUUCUCUUUACAUUUUUAUUUUUUGUUAUUAUUAUUAUUAUUAUUAUUAUUAUUAUUAUUAAUAUUAUUAUUAUUAUUAUUAUUAUUAUUAUUAUUAUUAUUAUUAUUAUUAUUAUUAUUAUUAUUAUUAUUAUUAUUAUUAAUGCUGUUACUAUUGGAAUUAUUACUUCAAAUAUUUACAUUGGGGAUGUUGGUUUGGUAGGAAGACAGAUAGCUGAUGAAAAUUAUCAUUAUCAUGAUCAUUAUUACUAUAUUAUUUUUUCUUUACAGUCAUUCAUUAUUAAUUUUCUUUUUUGUUUUUAUUAUUGCAUUAUCAUUAACAGUCCUCAUAGAAAUUUGGUCUCAUCUGAUUUUCUUUCUUUCUUUUUUUUAUUUAGUUUGAUUUAUUUUUUGUAGCAGGCAAGAUUUUUUUCUCUGUAUCUGGACAGAGAAUUUUUUUACAAAUACAAAAUUGUGUGAGUGGCACAGUUGAGCUAACUCUGGUAUAAAAACAAAAAAAACAAAAGAAAAGAAAAAAUACAAAAAUAAAUAAAAAAUCAAAUACAAAAUUAUUGGUAGGAAAUAGUUCUUAUUUAGUGGGAAGUAAUGUUCAGUUUUCACACCAUUCGGGUGUGAGGACUCUCCCUCGCCUCUCCCUGGCAGGUUGUUUGUGUGGUAGAGUAGCAGCAUGUCACCCUGAAGCAUCCUGUCACCUUGCUGCAACAAUAACUGUACAAACUCAUCAAGUCUAGCUAGAUCUUUGCUUCUUGGUCAUGCAGUUCUCUUACUUUAUUGUGUAAUUUAGAAUGUAUUUUCUCAUCCCCAAGAUUGAUCUUUCCCACAUGUACAUACAACAAAGAAUUUUGUUUUAGUUUUCUGCUUUCGAUCCACAUUUUAUCAUAUAGAAAAGAAAGUUUUGAUUGAGAACUUCAUGUAAAAUAACAAAUCAAUAAUAAGCUACAUUGCAACUUACAUUGAAGUUAUUGUGAACAUGAUACACACACACACACACACACACACACACACACACACACACACACACACACACACACACACACACACACACACACACACACACACACAACACACACACACACACACACACACACACACACUUAUUCACAGUUGGUGAAAAUUUAAAGUAUUAAGUAUAUAUGUGUUGAUUAUAUGUGGGAAAGACGACAUGAGUGGUGUGGAGAUGGACUGAGGAAAUGUAAACAAUUGUACUUGUGCAUUUCAAAAAUCUUCACAUCAUCAUGCAGUCAGUCAGUCAGUCAGUCAGUCAGUCAUUUGUUGAAGACAAGCACAAAAACUCAUUUUCAUUGGCCUUACAUUAUAAUAGCUGGAGAGUAUUAUGUUUACCAUGUGUUCUUGAAGCAAUCGUUUUUGCAGUGUUUUGAAAAUUGUAAUUUUGGUCCAGUGAAUUAGUUUGCACUCAAGCUUUUAUUUAAGGAUUAUUUAAGUAAUAAUUAAACACUUUAACCUCAAGUAUACUGAAAGUAUUAAAGUUACAUUUUUAUGUUAUUAAAAAAAAGGCAAAUGUGUCCAAAGUGGAAUUAUUGCAUGUCAGCCAUCAGGUUGGCACAGUAAUAAUAUGCUUUGUGUAUUUCUAAACUGAGUUAUUCAAGGGAUGCAAAUUUGCUGUGAUUUAAUUUGAGAGGAGCUCUUGGUUUGUUUGAUUGAUGAGGCAGUGCCACUAAUGUUAUGGCCCUGUAGUCUGAUGAUGUGUGAGUGGUAAGGCAGUGCCAUUUGUGUUAUGGCCCUGUGGUCUUAUGGUAUGUGAGUGUUGAGGCAGUUCCAUCAACAUUAUGGCCCUCUGGUUUGAUGAUGUGUGAGUGGUAAGGCAGUGCCAUUUGUGUUAUGGCCCUGUGGUCUUACAGUAUGUGAGUGUUGAGGCAGUGCCAUCAAUGUUAUGGCCCUGUGAUCUGAUGAUGUUUGAGUGGUAAGGCAGUGCCAUCAGUGUUAUGGUCCUGUGGUCUGAUGAUGUGUGAAUAGUGAGGCAGUGCAAUCAAUGUUAUUGCCCCUGUGGUCUGAUGAUGUGUGAGUGGUGAGGUAGUGCCAUCAAUGUUAUGGUCCUGUGGUCUGAUAAGUUUGAGUGGCAAGGCAGUGCCAUCAAAGUUAUGGCCUUGUGGUCUAAGUUUGAGUGAUGAGGCAGUGCCAUCAAUGUUGUGGUCCUGUGGUCUGAUAAGUUUGAGUGGCAAGGCAGUGCCAUCAAUCCUAUGGCCUUGUGGGCUGAUAAGUUUGAGUGGCAAGGCAGUGCCAUCAAUGCUAUGGCCUUGUAGUCAGAUGGACGCCAAGUGGCGGAGUCAUUUCAGGCUCUUCUUUUCAGUUCAUGGAAUUUGGUGAUGAUUUUUUUUUUUUUUCUCACGUAACAAGUACUGAACACUAAUUGAAAUAGGAAUAGAUGUUGGUAUAUAGACUUUCUUGAUCCCCUUUAAUGCACUUAAUCAUCUAUAUUACUAGUAAUGCUAGAUCUUUUUGUCAAUCUCUGUCUGUUAUCACAUAUUCAUAGCAAGAAGGUUGAAAACCAUUCACUGUGAAAUGGUCAUGAAUCUAUUCAUAGAAGUCAUGAAUUUACCAAAAUUCUGACUAUCAAAAAUUAUAAAAGUGAAAAAAAAAAAUUGCUUCCAGGGGCAUUGUAUGUCUGACAUGCUGGUGGUUUCCUGGGUCAUGCCUAUCUUGCUCAGAACUAGAUGUUUUCUGUGAGCAGCACAUUUAGUGUUAUUUUCUGUCUGCUCAUUGUGUGCAGCAUUGGUGCUUGUGGGUUGCUUAUACGAUCAUCAAAUUGUUCAAGAGUUGUGACCCUAGAGUGGCCCAAGAGCCAUUGGUUGCCUCGUUGGGGCUCCUGCUGUCAUCAUUCAGAUUUUGGUCUUUGCCAAACUCCAGAUGAUAGUUAGCAAAGUAAUGAUUCUGUAAAGCAACACAUAAGUGCAGUGUUAUUGCAAACAAAACCUCCAUAACUAACACUUGUCACUCUUACAAGGUCAUUCUCAGUUGUGUAUCACCAGUUGUUCUCAGUGUCAGUGAUGCAGCAGACCAGGCUCUUUGUAUGGCCUGUUGUAAGGUGAAAGCCUUGCCAUAUGUAGUACUAUACUGUACUUCUCCUGCUGAGGGAUAGCAAAGUAUCAUAUAUCAACACGUGUGUGUGUUGUUAUGUGAUUUAUUUUAUAUUUUAUACAUACUUGAAUAUGUUUUUUCUUUCAGGGUGUAAAGUUGACCAGUUAUGGUCAGUAGUAACAAUCACACACACACACACACACACACACACACACACACACACACACACACACACACACAGGAUGGCAUGAUAGUUGACCUACAUUUCCUGUAGGACCACACACACAGGAGUACUAACUUUUCAUUCCUGUAAAGUCCAAGGACACAAUUCCUGGGCUUACAUCCUGUAUCCAUUCUUUGCCUGGUGAACAACAGUACUUGUGGUGUGAAAAGAGACCAGUAUGUCUCCACCUGGCUUAAGAUGCAAACCUUGGUCCUCUUAGCUGUGAACCGAAAAUUAAAUACGUACACUGGGCAUGUGUAAAUAGAUAGAUUGAUGGAAUAAUGGAUGGAUAUGGAUGUUGAGGUCCGUUUAUUAAUUAGGUUGAGAAAGUAGUGAGAGGAAAGAUCUGGAAUGGUGGAGUAGAGAUGAGCAUAGGUAAUGAAUGCUAAAUGUACUCUGUUUCCAGGUCACAAUUUUGUUAGCAGAGAUUGAAAAUGGGUCUUAGAAUUUUUUUUUUUUUGGGGGGGGGUGUAUUAGUACAUGUAAGAGGAGAAAUGUAAAUUAAUAUGGAUAAUAGUACAAAAUGUUUCUUAAGGAAAUAAGUCAAGUAAUUGAUUUUGUAGAUCCAUAAUUAAGAACUUUAUGCUAGAAGCACUAAAUAGCAGUGUAUGAGAUUAGGUAUAAUUUCUCCAGCUUGUGCAAGAAUGGAGACAUGGAGGAGGAGAUGAAAGGGAAAACUUUGCUGGCUUGCUACGUCUGGUAACAGAGAUGAAGUGAGUAGUGGAAAGUUGGAGUGAAGCACAUCACACUUAUAGUGUCUGAUCACUUAAUAUAUUAUGCAAGAUAAGGAUAUGAAGGUAAUGAGAAGGGUAUGUACAAGAGUAGCAUAGAGGCUGAAGACAGAAUAGGUAAGACAGCAUACUGAAGAAGCAGAUUAGAAUAGCGAAAUGUAAAGACAGAGGAAGUGAGGUAGUGGGAAGAUCAAAGUGCCAAAAUUAGGUGUGUGGAUUAGAACAAGUAGUGAUUUCUCUGGUGUGGCUACUCUCUCCACAAGUAAGUGCACACACACACACACACACACACACACACACACACACACACACACACACACACACACACACACACACACACACACACACACACACACACACACACACACACACACACACACACACACAUAUAAAAAGAAAAAAUCUAUUACAAAAAUUAUACUGAAAAUCUUGAAUAAAAAUGUAAAAAAAAAAAAUGUAUGUAAGGAUAGGAGAUGAGUGUGUGCAUGUAUAUGUAUGUAUGUAUAUAUGUAUGUUAUUCAUUCAUGAUUGUCAGCUGUUCCCCCUUUGGAAAGAGCUCAGAGCUCAUAGCAACUGAUCUUUGGGUAGGACUGAGACCACUCACACGCCACACACCGGGACAAGGUCACAACCCCUCAGCUUACAUCCCAUACCUGCCUGCUGGUGGUGAACAGGGGCCUAACAUUAAGAGGCUUGCUCAUCUGCCUCACUGUGCCCGGGACUCAAGCUUGAGCCUUCUUGGUUGUGAGUCGAGCAUACUGACCACUACAUUAUGUGGUGUGUGUGUGUGUGUGUGUGUGUGUGUGUGUGUGUGUGUGUGUGUCUGAUGUGUGUAUCAGGGUUGUACAAAAAGCUGAAAUUAGUUGGGAAAAAAAGCUCACCUAAUGGGUUCAUACUUAAUCUCCCAGGUGCUGGAAAUACUUUUGGAAGUCUUGUUUUGAAGUGGUUACCAUCUGCACUUUAGCCUUCUAUGAUAUCCAUUUUGGCUGUCACAUCAGAAUCCUAUCAAUGGCAUCUCUGGCUCGGGGAACAGCCAGAAACCAGGAGCUGUGUCUGUAGUGUAGGGAGCCUGGUGACUGUCAAGAAUUGCACUCUUGGCCAGGAAGUUGUGGAUCAGUUGUGAAGAAAGGGCCAGAGUACCAUCAUGAUGGAGUGGAUGUGACCUCCACAUAGGUACUCUUUGAACAAACUUCACAUGUGCGAGGCUGAUGUGUGUGUGUGUGUGUGUGUGUGUGUGUGUGUGUGUGUGUGUGUGUGUGUGUGUGGGUGGGUGCACGACCAACUUAUGCCAUCCAUGAAACUGGUUGGCAUAAUGUUGAGAUGUCAUGUGUAGGUGUGACUGUGUGUAGCAUAAGUAUCAGACUGACGUGUAUGUGUGAGACGAGACUGACACAUGCAUCAUCAGGCUGACUUGUGUAGUAUUAGGGUGUGUGUGUGUGUGUGUGUGUGUGUGUGUGUGUGUGUGUGUGUGUGUGUGUGUGUGUGUGUGUGUGUGUGUGUG